AUGCCACGCUUAUCCGAACUCAACGCUAUUUAUCUGUAUGACGCGCCCUUGACUUUUCUUGUGGAUCUCUUUCUUCAGAUUCUCGAGGGAGUCGAAUAUCUUCAUAGCCGGCAGAUUGCACAUCUUGACUUGUGCACAGGGAAUAUUCUUGCAGCCGUGGACAAGGACGCAGUUCACGACAAGCGAACUGAGGCGGGAAAGAUCUACUUGAUCGACUUCCAGAUGUCGCGUCAACUCAGGCUACCACCCGGUCAACAACCUGCCAUUCUCCUCCCUAAGACGCAAGUCAGGCCACCGGGAGGCAUUAAACACUUUGAUCCCUAUUCCUGGGACGUUUAUUGUCUAGGCGAUGUCUUCCAACGCAGACUGAAGGAGUAUUGUUUUAUGCGUCCCGGGGAACCGUGGAUAAUCCGUCGAUAUAUCCGGUGGCUGACUGGCACUGAACGUGGCUGCAUGGCAUCCUGUCACUGCCGUCCGACUGCUCGACGGGCACGUCAGAAUAGCCUGGUGGUGUGGUAG